GUACCCCAUUCAGAAUCUAACAGUUUUUCAACAAAACACAAAUAUAUACUGACUGUAGUAAGUCAUUUCUACGUAUGCUUCCAUCAGUGAGACCACAGCAUUAUGGGGUGUAAAUGCCAAUGGUAGUAAGCCCUAUUAGAGUCUUACCUGCUCUCAGUCUCAUUAUGCUCACUGCCCUUUAAAAGAACAGCUUAAUAUAUCGUGCAGUGGAGAUGUCAUUAAUGCAAAAUUAAGUCUGACCAAUUAUUCCCCUUAAGUAUUUUUAGGGUGAAUAAAUCUGUCCUUCAAAACCAAAGGCUGCCUUGUUUCUAACUGCAGGAAAUGCUUAGUUGAAAACAGAACAUAAGAUUAUUGUUACAAUGAUCUAUACUAUAGGGACUAAAAACAAAACGACUGAAACACAUGAGAGCACAGAGAAGUGUGCACUUUGUCUUUUCAUGCCGACAAAUCAUUGUGGCUGUGUGUAAAUUAUUCAACAGGAUCUGGCCCCAGUGGAAACCUGAGCAUAAUUAAAUUGCAAUAAAAUAACAUUAGUGUGGACAGGCUGUUAGAAGGUGAUGUAAUUGGCCGUUCCGGCGGUCAUGGUUCAACUGAUGAGGUCGGCUGUCAGGUCUUCCACUGGUCCUGUACAUUCCUGUCCCUGGGGACUGGCAGCUGACAGGGCUGACUGUACACUGAGCUUUCCUUGUCCUCAUACAGUGACAGCCAUGACCUGUGUCAUCUUGAUGAGCCAAGCCUAUUCUGUAAGGUUAGGACUUAUAUACAGCACUAACCUACGUGUGUCGGCUUUGUAUCUGGUGUCAGGUGAAGUGUUUGUGUCUCAAAGGUAGAAUGGGAAGUACCUAUCUCACCACUGAGACGUGGGCGCCAUCUAGUGUCCAGAUGUGGAACUGUACUCAUGUGGACAGACGGGGCCAAAGUAUCUGUCCAAAAAUAUUAAAACAGUACGUGAAAUAACGCUUAUAUUUCUCUAAAGUGACACACACAAACAAAUGAAGUUGUUAUACAGAAUAUAUUGUAGAUAAGUAGGUAGAUUUUCAUCACCAAAUGAGUCUUACUCAUGUUACAAUUUAAAGAAUUCACUGGCGGAGGGUUUACAUUACUGCUGUAACUCUAAUGCUCUGACAGUUGCAGUCGUGAUGUGGGAAAAGGAUACACCAGUCUCACUCAACUUGGGUCGUUUAUCAUCUUCUCCUCAGUGGUUUUCCUACAACUUUGACACAAAUGGGGCAAUGUGAUCUUCGCCAAACGCUUACUGGUUGGACAUUUGCAUCACUUUCUUUCAAUGGGUGAGGAAAAGCCGGACACGCUUGACUUUGUGAAGGAUUUCCAGGAGUAUCUGAGCCAGCAGACUCAGCAUGUCAACAUGAUAUCAGGUUCUGUCAGCGGCGUCAAGGAGGCAGACGAGCUGCCACCAGACUGCAGUCAGAAUGGAUUGGACCAUCCUUCAGUGGACAUGUCCCUGGAGGACAGCUCAGGGAUACUGGUGGACGGUUUUGAGAGGACCUAUGAUGGGAAACUGAAGUGCCGCUACUGCAACUAUGCCACGAGAGGCACAGCAAGACUCAUUGAGCACAUCCGAAUUCACACAGGAGAGAAACCUCAUCGCUGCCACCUGUGCCCGUUUGCAUCGGCCUACGAGCGCCACCUGGAGGCUCACAUGCGAUCACAUACAGGCGAGAAGCCUUAUAAGUGUGAGCUGUGCUCCUUCCGUUGCAGUGAUCGUAGCAACUUGUCACAUCAUCGCCGUCGGCGUCACAAGCUCCUGCCAAUGAAGGGUGCUCGCUCACUUUCCCAUAAGAAGAUGCUGAGUGUUUUACAGAAGAAGGCCAGCUCAUUGGGCUAUGGUCGCCGGCUUCUCAUCAACUUCAGCCCCCCUUCUAUGGUGGUGCAUAAGGCUGAUAAUGUGAAUGACUUUUCCCAUGAACUGCCCCAUUUACGUCAGGAGACCUAUGAUAAUCAGAGUAGAGCAGUUGAGGACGGGCACUCCACAAAUCAAAAUCACCAUGACAUGGUUAUGGACAACCCCCUGAACCAGCUGUCCACCCUGGCAGGUCAGUUGGCUAGCCUCCCUUCAGAGUCUCAGCCCCAGACUCAACCUCCCAUGUCUCCAGGAGCAGAGUCUAUUGUUGAUGAGAAGCCCUUCCUCAUACAGCAGCCCCACCCUGCCACAGCUCCUGUGGCUGUCACAGCCAGCAUGGCCAAUGCCUCCUCCUCUUCUCCAAUCACCCCAGAGCCCCGGGCCCCUCCCCACAGCAAUUGCAGCCCUGGAGGGGAGCCCUGCAGUGAGCACAGCGGGCGUAUCAGCACCCCAAGUAUCUCUAACAGCCAACCCAGCACGCCGGCCCCAGGCCCGUCCGCUCCACUCCAGGACCCCCACAUGCUGCAUCACUGCCAGCACUGUGACAUCUACUUCCCUGACAACAUCCUUUACACCAUCCACAUGGGCUGCCAUGGCUAUGAGAAUCCAUUCCAGUGCAACAUCUGUGGCCACAAGUGCAAGAGCAAGUAUGACUUUGCCUGCCACUUUGCCCGCGGACAGCACAAGUAAUGGAUGAAUGAAGAAGUCUUUGACAAAACUUUUAACGGACAGCUUUGUUUUAUUAAUUCCAUAGUUACUUAAUUUAUUGGUCUUUUACUUGGCCUUAAUGUAGCCUUGCCUUUGAAAAUGUCAAUAUUCAGAUGGUUUCAUUUUAUAUGGUGCCCAUUCAAGUGUAUUAUGAAGGGAUGAUCAGUGUUUUCAGCAGGUUGGGAAUUUAUUUGUGGUAGUGGAGUUACACUCGUACUGUUAUUAAUGAGACAAGUACAGCUUUCCUACUUAAUCAAACUAAUGUGUUUUCUAUUGAUGACCAAAUUUGCAAUAUUUAUUUAAAUGAGUUUAUGUUAUGCAGAUUGUGUAACCGACCUGAUAUCAGACUGAAGUGAACAAAAACCAGUGGCCACUGGAAGGAAUUUAUUUAGCAACUUAUGAAUCAAUGUUAUAACACUCAUACUAAAGGGAGAAUGCAUAUUUUGGGGAGACCAUAAAUAUGCGUUUGCCAAAUGUAAUGUUUUAUUGACUCUAAAAGGCCCCCAUAAGCAAAACAUAACCUCAUGGAAGGAAAAAAAAAAAAAAACUGGCAGUAGCUCACCUUUCAGGCACAACAGGAUGUUAGCAACGCUUGUCGCUGGGUUCAGCACAUUUCCCAGCUUAGGAUCAAUAAAGUGUAUCUACCUGUCUAUCACAGCCAGCACUGCUGUGCCCAAAGUUCAACUGGGCACAAGCACGCUGAGUGAUGCACUGGGCUCCUUGGUGCAGCAGGUCAAUGUGAGUCCGCCCCCCCAAAUAAAUUCUCAGUGUGGAGCUGUAUCUAAAGAUUACUCUGAUGAUACUAACACAAGAGUGAAACUGUUGACCUAGAGAGAUCUUACUUUAGCCUUGUUGAAAUUAUUUCAAUGCUUGGUGCAUUACAACUUUUACUUUGCAGUGCCUGACAUCGUCACUUUCGUGUGUGUCCAAGAUAUAGAGGACUGUUACAUUGAAGUUUAAUGGAUGUUAUUACAGUAUCAUCAUUUUACUGUAAUGGACAAGCCCAGAACCUCAGAAAAGAAGUUUUGCCAUUAUAGUUUCCUGUGGUAGCAAUGACGUGUUUUUUCUUUGCCAAAAUUCUGCCCCACGAAUGCUGCUAAGAAACUUUUGGAUCAAAACUAUAUGAUGGCAUCCACAGUAAAAAAAAAACAAAAAAAAAAAAACGACCAAACUUUGUAUCAGGUUGUUAUGGUCAGCCUGUUGUUAAACAAGACUUUGUAAAAGUUGUGUUGUUUUGAAGUCCCUCCACACGGUGCCCUUUUUGACCAGCAUUAUGGUAACUUAACUUAUGUUGUUGAAAGGAUUUUAGCAUAUCAUGUCACUUUCUGAUGUUUCGAUAUUGUAUGAGGUCACCUUGAUAUACGGCGUCUACAUGUUUAGGACAGAAUCAUCAAGUCUUGUGUCUCAUGUGAACACUUUAUCAAAAUUGCCACGUAGCACUGGGAAUGCCACGUUUUAGCCUUUGUGAUAACAAACACUGAAAUUCCUCAUUGAUCAUACAGAUCCCAGUGCUUUUCUGGAUAUUUACUGAGUAUUGUAUUCUGAGUGGUUGGAUAGAUGUUCAGUGUCAAAAAAGCAAACUCAUGUUGCAGUACGACUGCUAUUUAGCAAGAUUGUUCUUUGUCUUGGAUACUGUUGUCUGUUGCGUAGCAACAUGCGUGGAGAACAUAGUUACUGUUUUUAGGACCACCUCCUUGUCACCAUGCUUACCAGUAACAAGGGCAUCCAGUAAUGAUUGCCUCAUGUUCUCUCAGUGUGUCGUAGGUUCAUAGGUAAUGGUGAAUGUCGAAGCCGUUUGGCGAUCACUCUGUCCCUCUGGGAUGGCAAAUCGUUUUAUUGUGACAUGGAUUAAUCUAACUAAUUUAUAAGUAAAGUGUUUUCUAACUGA